ACCAGCACCAGCACCAGCAGCAGCAGCUUCUCUCUGACAGAUGUGAGUCUGUCUGUUGAACCAUGCGUGUUGACGGCGGCUGUAAACCCACAGAGCAGAUGUAGUCUGACUUUAGUUUCAGCGCAGGAAUGAAUGAUCCAACAGCUCUGUUUGGAACUGAGGCGCUUUAAAGAAAAGGAACUGUUGCUCCUUUGAAGGGACAUUCGAGGUUUUCUUUUUUCCCAUCCUCUCAGUUGUGUUGUUUUUAAUACUACCCUAAGAAUAGAGCAUAUAUGAUGAAAUACAAGGCCAACCAGACCAGGACGUACGACGGAGAGGGCUUCAAGCGAAGAGCGGCAUGUUUGUGUUUGAGAAACGUAGACGAGGACGAGGUUCUGCUGGUGAGCAGCAGUCGACAUCCAGACCAAUGGAUUGUACCCGGUGGAGGGAUGGAGCCCGAUGAGGAGCCCAGUGUAGCCGCUGUCAGGGAGGUGUACGAAGAGGCUGGUGUGAAGGGGAAACUUGGCAGAUUACUUGGGAUAUUUGAGCAGCACAAUCAAAACAGAAAGCACAGGACGUACGUCUACACUCUUAUUGUGACAGAAACACUGGAGGACUGGGAGGACUCUGUCAACAUUGGCAGAAAGAGGAAGUGGUUCAAGGUGGAGGAUGCCAUCAGGGUGCUUCAGAACCACAAGCCUGUCCAUGCAGAGUACCUCCGCAGACUCGCAGACACCUGCAGCCCCUCCUACAGGCCCGUGUGUUGCCCCCGAGCGAUGGACAGCAAGGCACCUCAAUAUGUUGUUUGCUCGACGCAGGACUCAGAGCUCUUCAACAGAUAGGACCUACAACUAAGGGUUCCUCUAGAGUACACAGACGGACUAUACUGGAGCAUUGGUUGCUUUAUGAACACAGCUUUUUCACUUGUACAAAAUAACUUAAUCUUUUAUUGUAGUACUACAAUAUCACACUAAAAAAGCCAAAUCCAGUCUUUAAUUUCAGGACUUUUACUCAGUGGGUAAAAAAAAAUAAAUCCCAUGUUAGGUAAUUAUUCAUGAUGCAAUAUUCAUGAUGUGGUACCUUGGUGACACUGUUCUAACAGUGAGCUUUAGAAAUGUGCGUCCCUAACUUUGUGCUCUGCUCACAUGACGUCAAAAUAAACUGUUAUCGUUUCCAGUCUUGUUUUUCACAGUUCCAGUUGUUUAAAGAUUUAAAAAUUAUUGCUCUGAAUGUGGAUAUCGUAACUAUUUUCUUGUACCUAUAACAUGACUUAAGAAGACCAACAAACAUCUGCCUUACUAGAAUGGCCUGUUUGUAUUCCCUAUUUAGAAGAGUGGCUAAGUGAAAUGUGAAACUGUGCCACAUAAUAUUUAUUCACUAGGUAAGCAGGAAGUUAUGGAUUACUAUUUGAAAUCUAAAUAUUAAAAUAAAAAAAUAAAGCAUA